UCGACGCCUUCAAAUUCAAAAGCUAACCGAAAAACUGAAAGUCAAAACAAAAAUGUGAUAAUUUAAAUAAAUAAUUCAAGUUGAAUGAAAAAUAUUCCGGCAAAAUGACAGAAUUUAAUACAUAUAAUGGAGAUCAUUUGCUCGUUAUAUUUAAAGAUCUGAAUAUCAAUUUGGGUGGCUUGGACCCAAAUGUUGUGAGGGCAUGGUUCGAUACAGACGAUCAGGACAUGAAAAACCUUUUGAAUUUCAUGUGUUCUGGCCUAUCCAGGGAAAACAUUGUGUCUGCACAAGAAUUUGCUGAGUUUGAAUCACUUGAAAAUCCUCUCUAUGAUGGCCAACUAGAAACAGCUUUCAGUAAACUCGAGGAAGGAAAGCCAGGAAUAUUGAACUAUGAAUUGAAUUCAAAACAACUCAAGGAAUCUCUUGCUGAAGUAGAACUCUUGGAACAAGAGGAACAAAGGUUGGAUGAGCUGUUGAAAAUGGAGGAAAGGUUGCAGAACAAAUUAUCCCAAAAUAAAUUGAUGAUAGAAAGGGAAUCUGUUGAAAUAGAUUUCAAGUACCAAGAAGCAUCAAAAUUAUGUGAAGAGUUAGCUAGUGAAGUGGACGAACAGAAUAGAUGCCUUCAUGAGAAAUUAUCGAGAGAUCUGAUUGCCUUGGCCAAUUUUCAAUGUAAUGAAUCUUCAGAUUUCCUAAAUACAAAAAAUAUAGAUGAAAUUCAUGAUUCUGUUGGAUUUUAUGAAACUGUAGAAAGUCUGGUGAAGAAACAACAUGAUGAAUUAUCUGGGUACUUCUCACUUAGCAAUAUAAAUUUGAACUCAACGCCAAAUGAGGAUCAUUGUGAAGAUAAAAUAACUAUCCUACAGAAUCAAAUAUUUUCUAGCUAUAUAGAAUAUCUCGAGUCAAGAAUGGAAGCUGAAUCUCUAGCUGAGGUUUAUAAUUUUUUAGAAAAUUUCUUCUCCCAGGAUAAUUACAACAGUUAUGAUAUUACUUCACCUUCAGAUGCUUUGAAACAAAAAGAAAUAUUAUUUGAUAAGCUUAAGAAGAAAGCCCUCAUCAUUGCAGAGGAACCGACCAAAUUAAUUGAGAUAAAAAAGUCUCAGUUGGAAUUGCAGGAUAUGGAGAAUAAUUUACAAUGUUUUACUCAGAUUUCGAAAUAUUAUUCAAAGCUUUUAUGUGCAACAUCGUGUGCUUUGAUGUUGCUCCUUCAGGAGAAAAAAAUGAUUGAAGAAGCAGAUCAAGGUGUCAGACAUAUUUCAAAAUAUAUAUUAAAUAAUCUAGAAGAUGUUAAGGAUAGAGUGGAAAUGAUGAUGAAUUCAAUAAAUAAUUUUAAUGAUUUCAAUGAAAAACCUUUGGAGCAUCGUGAUCAAGUCCUCAGUUUUGUUGUUGAUAUAUAUGGGGAAACUAUGAUAAAAGAUGCGUAUCUGAGUUGCAGUCAGCUCGAGAAGAAAUUGAGAAUAUCGGAACACAAUCAUUUUGUAAAUAAUAACAAUACUGAAAUAAUAGAUAUGCUUUAUAAGACUGAUGUAGCUAAACAAUUUUUAACCAAUGGUCCAACGAAUAAGGCCAUUAUUCUUCCAAAUCCUAUAUUAAAAUCUUUGAAAAAUAUGAGAUUGAAUUUGGACAAGCAGAGUGCCGCAUUGAAAUUCUUGCUGCAUAUAUCCAAUCAAACCCUCAAGAAAUUGAGUUCAGACAAGUGGUUGAAAAAUUUCAGACUUGCAUGGAUGUAUUUUUUGGUUUCGCCGAAAAAGUUGAAAGAUCUCCUGGAACAAAUGGAAGAAGAAUUGAAAUUGAAAGAGGUGAAAGCUGUGAGGUUCAAGGAUUGAUGAUGAAAGUAUUAGCAUAAGUGCAUUUCCAUGUUGUUUUUGCUCCGUUUAUGCCAUGACAAUCUGGUGCAUAUGCGGGGUUGAGCAAAAUAUACAAUACUGCUUUUGAUGCUUUAAUGAACUGUAAAUAAGUGUAUUUGUAAAUAGAGCAAUAAAUAUUUGAUGCUAUGUUUA